CCUAGAAAGAAGUCCUGCGGUUAUUUGGCGGGGAGCCUCGAAUCGAUUCUCGUGCUGUUGGACUAGUUAACUGCCGGUAGUUGUGUGAACUCGCGGCAGAAGUCGACACGUGUGUUGGUUCGUUUUCCAAGGCGUGCCGCACCGGUAGCGUGUGCGAAUGUGAGAGUUUUAUGAUACAGUAUAGUUGUAACGGACGAAAAGUGGAUAUAUUUUAACGGUAAUAUAGGUGUGAAUAUCUUGACAGCAAGUUCGAAAUGUCUGAGAAGGGCUCUGCUGAUGAUAGUAGAAGAAAUUCGUGGGGAGUUGAGCUUGGAAGCAUGGAUAGGAGAACGCGAUUUCAGGUGAACCGCGUAGACGCUACGACUUCCAAGGGAGGACAGGAUGCCGAGGAAGGCGAACCUCUGCGUGGUCGUAGAGACGACGAGGAAGGUUCUCACCGGGGUUCGUUAGAGGAUCUGCAGCGCGCCACCUCGCCCACCAUGCUCCUCUCGCAUACUUCUGACCACGACGGAUACGACACGCGUUACGCCAAGAGUUUCCGUCAUUUCACUCGUGAGGCGCUGCCCCGUCUCGAUAACUACCGCAAUAUAAUGUCCAUCCAGGCUGCCUACCGGCCCACGCUCGAAGAACUGCACAAUGAAACUCUCCACGGCAAGCCAACAAAUCGUCCUGCGGAUGCACCAGCAGACAACGAGGGCAUUGUCAAAUUUGGAUGGAUAAAAGGCGUCUUGGUGCGCAACCUUCUCAACAUAUGGGGUGUAAUGCUAUUCCUUCGCCUGUCCUGGGUUGUUGCCCAGGCUGGCAUUGGCCAAGGAUUGUUGCUAAUCCUUGCAACCAGUAUUGUAACGUCAAUCACUGCUCUGUCCAUGUCAGCUAUCAGUACAAAUGGGGUCAUAAAAGGAGGUGGUACAUAUUACAUGAUCUCUCGAUCAUUGGGACCUGAAUUUGGUGGUUCUAUUGGCCUUAUCUUCUCACUAGCCAAUGCAGUUGCCUGUGCCAUGUAUGUAGUGGGCUUCUGUGAGUCCCUAACAGAUUUACUGACAACAUAUGAUCUCCAGAUAGUGGAUGGUGGGAUCAAUGAUAUGCGGAUCAUGGGAUCUAUCACAAUUAUGGCUCUCCUCUGCAUUGUUGUUGUUGGAAUGGAAUGGGAGGCUAAGGCUCAGCUGGGUCUUCUUGUGAUUCUUCUUAUGGCAAUAGUUGAUUUUAUGAUUGGAACCUUCAUAGGUCCCCAGAAUGAUGAAGCCCAGGCUAAGGGAUUCAUUGGAUAUGACCUUAGUUUACUUAAAGAAAACUUCUUCCCAGACUAUCGCUUUAGUGAAGGAGUUCAUCACAACUUCUUUUCUGUAUAUGCCAUCUUCUUUCCUGCUGCAACUGGAAUUCUGGCUGGAGCCAACAUAUCUGGAGACUUAAUGGACCCACAAGGAGCUAUUCCCAAAGGCACACUACUUUCCAUCCUGCUGACAACUGUAUCCUACCUGGGAAUGGCUGUCAUGUCAGGUGCUGUAAUGGAACGGGAUGCAAGUGGCAAUGUAACUGAGCUAUAUAAUGGGACAUUCACUGAUUGUGCUUAUCGUGAAUGCAAGUGGGGACUGCACAACAGCUUCCAAGUGAUGGAGCUGGUGUCAGCAUUCGGACCCUUGAUUUAUGCUGGUUGCUUUGCAGCAACACUUUCCUCAGCACUUGCCAGUUUGGUGUCUGCACCCAAAGUAUUUCAAGCUCUGUGCAAGGAUCAGCUGUACCCUUAUAUCACAUGGUUUGCCAAAGGUUAUGGCAAAAACAAUGAGCCAGUUCGAGGAUAUGUACUUUGUUUCUUCAUUUCCAUAGGUUUUAUCCUCAUUGGAGAACUGAAUGCAAUUGCACCAUUAAUCUCCAAUUUCUUUCUUGCUGCAUAUGCACUCAUCAAUUUCAGCACAUUCCAUGCCUCUUUGGCAAAGCCUGUUGGCUGGAGACCAAAAUUUAGGUACUACAACAUGUGGUUGAGUUUGGCUGGUGCCUUAUUAUGCGUGUUUGUGAUGUUUGUCAUAAGCUGGUGGACUGCCCUCAUUACAUUGGCUUGUGUUCUGGCACUCUACCUCAUUGUAGCCUACAGAAAACCAGAUGUGAACUGGGGCUCCACAACACAAGCUCAAACAUAUAAGAAUGCCUUAUUAUCUGUACAACAGUUAAACAAUGUUGAAGACCAUGUGAAGAAUUAUCGUCCACAGAUCCUUGUUCUGUCAGGCAUGCCAAGUUUCCGUCCACCACUGAUAGAUUUUGCAUAUCUUUUAACAAAAAAUCUGUCACUCCUUAUUUGUGGUCACAUUUUGAAAAGCCCCAUAUCUCAACGCGUCAGAAAUAUCUUGACUUACAAAGCUCACAACUGGCUGCGCUCACACAAAAUCAAGGCAUUCUAUACUCAUGUGGAUGAAGUAAACUUCGAAGAAGGAGCUAAGGCAUUACUCCAAGCCUCAGGUGUUGGCAAGCUGCGGCCAAAUAUCUUGCUUAUGGGCUACAAGGGCGACUGGCGAGACUGCGAGAGAGAAGACUUAGCCAUGUACUUCGAGGUGAUGCAUAAAGCACUUGACAUGUACAUGGCAGUUGCCAUUCUAAGACUUCAAGAGGGUCUAGAUUACUCCAAAGUGGUAGCAGAUGAAGAUGACCUGGUGAAUGGUAUCAAUUCUAUAGCUGGAGGUGGGGAAAAGGGUGUCAUUCGCACAAGACAGAACUCUCAGGAAUCUCUGCCCCGUAAUCAAUCCUUCUCACAGAUGUCUCAAGCGAGUAGUGCAAGCGAUCUGUCUGCUCCUGCAACUCCAAACAUAAACAGAGCCCGAGUAAAUGAAAGUCCCAUUGUGGAUGUUGGUUCUACAUCCAUAACAAUUGCUGAUUCUGAUCACCAAGAAAAUAAGAGUAAUGCUACCAGUGGUAUAAACAGUCGGAAGGAAAAGAGGAAACGAGAAUCUAAAGCGGACCUCUACCGGGGGCCAGGAGGAAGCACUCUUCCAAAAGAUGUGCUGAAUAACCUGACACAGUUUCAGAAGAAGCAAAAGAAAGGAACCAUUGAUGUCUGGUGGCUUUAUGAUGAUGGAGGACUGACACUCCUUUUGCCAUACAUCAUCUCCACCAGGCGGAACUGGUCAGCUUGCAAGUUGCGUGUUUUUGCACUUGCUAACAAGAAAGAUGAACUAGAAUUUGAACAGCGCAACAUGGCAAGUUUAUUGGCCAAAUUCCGCAUUGACUAUUCAGACCUGAAGGUGAUACCAGAUAUCACAAAGAAGCCACGUGAUUCUACAGUGUCAUUCUUUGAGAGCCUAAUUUCUGAGUUCAAACAAACAGAAGGAAGUACUGAUGGUGGACCAUCUCAUGAUCCAACAGUGGCCAUUACAGAAGCUGAAUUGCUGGCUAUGAAUGAUAAAACAAAUCGGCACUUGCGGUUGAGAGAGCUUGUCAUGGAAAAUUCCCUUGAAGCAAAUCUGGUUGUCAUGACAUUGCCUAUGCCAAGGAAGAAUGUGGUGUCAGCAACACUGUAUAUGGCAUGGUUAGAAACACUGACAAGAGACAUGCCACCAUUCCUUCUGGUUCGGGGUAACCAGACAUCUGUGCUCACAUUCUAUUCAUGAACUUUUAUCCUGUAAACAGUGCUUUAAAACUAGCCUUUCCAUGGUGUCAGUUAUUAAGCAGGGAUUCUGCAGUAAAGUUCAACCUUGUAAGACUAGAAAUACUCACAGUUUUGGAGACUAUUAUGACACAUGAAGACAUGUGUCAUAAUGGAGGAACAUUUAUUGUAGCUAUCCUUUAUGCUUCGGUGAAUGGAUGAACCACUUAAGUUAUUCAGUUUGUUUGGAUUGUAGAUAUAAAUAUAUAUAAAACUGCUCAAUCAGUGCUGUCUAGCAGAGCUAGCUCUGUGAGUCUUUCUUGCCUGUGAAAGGAAAGCAUAUGAGUUUUGCUUUUAUUCCCACCAUAUUUGUUUAGUUUAUAUUCAUUCCUUUUCUGCAUUCUUUCUGUAAAUCUCUCAUUGAAAUCACAGGGUGUCAGUAGUGUCAACGUUCAAUUACAUGUUCUGCUACUGAAUUAGACUAACAAACAGCCCACUGCAUAGUCACCACUAGCAGUAUAUAAAAUUGAUAGGAAUUGUAAUUUAUUGCAACUGCUUAGAUAAUACUUUGUUUUGAGAUUUGGUUUACUGGCUAGACACAUAGCUAGAAAAGAACUCCAGUAGUUGGUUAAUGACUGCUGUUAGAAAAUAGCUAAACUUCUUAAUGUAUUAUGGAUGGCUGAAACUUAUGGGACCUUAACAGAGAGACUGAUGAAUGUAUACAAGACAAUAAAAUUUUUAUAUUAUCCCCACUGGGUUAA